UUAAUAAACCAAAAAUUAAAAAAAAAAUGAAAAUAGUAGAAAAUCCACUGUUCAUAAUCAAAGUCUCCAUUUUUCCCCAGCUCACCACUCAGCUGAAGCUCCAAGGUUGAAACUUUCUGCAGAAAAAAAUUGAAAGUUGGUUGAAACCCACUUCAUUUCACGGAUUUUGUCAGAUUGUUCUGAUGGAAAGGAAGCUGGUGUCUGUGCAGUUUGUUCUGCUUUUGACCGUUUAUGCUGUUCUCCAGCUUGUGGCUUCAAAUACUAUUGCUAAUCAGUCAAGUGGUGGAGAAUCCACGUCUGCCAAGAAUAAAGAUCUUAAAGCACCAUGCCCUUCUGGCUGGGUUAUCAGUCCAGAUAAGAGCAAGUGUUUUCGAUAUAUAGGAGGCAACCAGUCAUGGGAUCAGUCGGAGAUCCAAUGUAAAGACCUUGGUGGGCACUUGGCUGCCCUCACAUCAUAUGAAGAACUAAACUCGGUUCAGAAGUUAUGUGGUGAAACUUCCAAUGGCUGCUGGACUGGAGGAAGAGGCAUUAAUACUACUGUUGGUUUGAAUUGGAAGUGGUCUGAUAAUGUGACACAAUGGAAUGAAUCAGUCUCGCUGAGAGGAUCUUUACACUCCAGUUGCACUAAUUUUCCUUGCCAUGUCAAUGCUUCGGUUGAUUUAUGUAUAUUGGUGACUAAUGGAUCUACAUCCCUCGUGGUUGAGAGAUGCAGUGCAUCUCAUGCUUCUAUUUGCAUGAUCAAUUUUGAGAACAAAUGCUACUACUUGCACUGCCAUAGGGAAUACCUUAUCAUCCUUGGAGUUGUAAGUGGGUUGAUCCUUAUCACAACAUUGGCUGUUGUGAUUUGGCUCCUUGCAUACAGGCGGAGCAAGAGGCGCAGAAAGUCUCGCAAAUUAUCAAAUCCAGCAGCUUCUGCAUUAGUUCCCCCCUCCUGGAAGGUGUUCACCAGUGAGGAAUUGAGGUCAAUUACAAAGAAUUUUAGUGAAGGAAAUCGCCUUGUGGGAGAUGCGAAAACAGGGAGCACAUAUAGUGGCAUUCUACCUGAUGGAUCAAGGGCGGCAGUUAAGAGGUUAAAAAGGUCUAGCUUUAAAAGGAAGAAGGAGUUCUAUUCUGAGAUCGGAAGGGUUGCAAGGCUACAUCAUCCAAAUUUGGUGGCUGUCAAGGGAUGCUGUUACGAUCACGGAGACCGCUACAUUGUUUAUGAGUUUGUAGUAAAUGGCCCCCUAGAUCGAUGGCUACACCACAUCCCAAGGGGAGGACGAAGUUUGGAUUGGGCAAUGAGAAUGAAAAUUGCCACAACUCUUGCUCAAGGAAUUGCGUUUUUGCAUGACAAGGUUAAGCCGCAUGUUGUGCAUCGGGAUAUCCGUGCUAGUAAUGUUUUGCUUGAUGAAGAAUUUGGAGCACAUUUGAUGGGGGUUGGUUUGUCAAAGUUUGUGCCAUGGGAAGUGAUGCAGGAGAGGACAGUAAUGGCUGGUGGCACAUAUGGGUACCUUGCUCCAGAAUUCGUUUACAGAAAUGAGCUUACAACAAAAAGUGAUGUAUACAGCUUCGGAGUUCUACUUCUGGAAAUUGUAAGCGGGCGCAGGCCUGCUCAGGCAGUCGAUUCAGUGGGCUGGCAGAGUAUAUUUGAAUGGGCCACACCUUUGAUGCAGUCACAUCGCUACCUGGAGCUCUUGGAUCCUCUCAUAUCUUCUUCAUCUUCUGACAUUCCAGAAGCCAUAGUCGUUCAGAAGGUGGUGGACCUCGUAUAUGCUUGUACGCAACAUGUCCCUUCUAUGCGCCCAAGAAUGUCCCACAUCGUUCAUCAGCUGCAACAGUUGGCCCAGCCAACUGUUCUGAAGUAAGUCCUCUUAUCUCAACCUCCAGAGGAUUUUGCAAUACUAACCAUACGAAACAUAAAACUGGGAUUUUCGCUAGUUGAGAUUAUGUUAGUUUUGCAGAAUCAUAAGUUUAGAAACAAUAGUUUAGAGCUGACUUAGAUUAACAGACUCAGCAUGCCUUGAUGUAUUUUUAUUUAAUGUAGUUGUAAAACAGGUGUUUUCUAUUCAA